GGGGCGAGGCGCUGUGGCGGGGGAGCCGGGGAGUCGAGCCGCUCGGCGGAAUCCUGGGAGAGGGGCCUGAGCUUUGGGAAGGGGGCCACCUGCCUGGGGGCGUGGCCCGGAAUCAUAGGGGCGGCCCCUCGAUUUAUGGGCGGGAGUGGGGAGCGAAGGGGCGGGGCCAGUCGACGGGGACGUGGUGUCGUGUUGCGGACUGUUGUCGGGAUCUAGGGGCGGGGCCGCAGUGGGGAAGGUCACGGUGGUGAAAGGCAUGGGUUUUGUCGUUCACCUUUGCCUCACUGCCGUAGAUUGAGUCCGAGAGUCUACUUUACGGCUGUUAUUUUGCGGCGCCGUCGGGCACUAGUUAAGAUGGUGUCGCAGUUCAGUGGGGUGCUGCAGUUGACGGAUCUCGAUGAUUUUAUAACCCCAUCCCAGGAAUGUGUGAAGCCAGUGAAAGUGGAAAAGAAGCCAGGAAAAACGUCUGGGAUAAUCAGAAUUGAAGACGAUGGUAGUUACACUCAACUGAACCAGGAUGGAGGCAUCAAGAAACUUGAAAAAGCAAAAAUAACCUUGAAUGACUGUUUGGCCUGUAGUGGCUGCAUUACCUCAGCAGAAAGUGUAUUAAUCACGCAACAAAGUCACGAGGAACUAUACAAGGUUCUGAAUCAAAACAAAGUGUCCGGUUCUGAGAAUCAGAAGCUUGUAGUGGUUUCAGUUUCACCACAAUCCAGGGCAUCAUUAGCUGCAAGAUUUAAACUGCAAGUUACGGACACCGCACGACGGCUGACCGCAUUCUUCAAAAGUCUAGGUGUUCACUAUGUGUUUGACACAACCUUCUCGAGAAACUUCAGCUUGCUGGAGAGUCAACGUGAAUUUGUACAGCGUUUCCAGAGGCAAAAGGAAGAUAGCAAAGCCCUGCCGAUGCUGGCUUCUGCCUGUCCAGGUUGGAUCUGUUACGCAGAGAAAACUCAUGGUAGCUACAUUAUUCCCUAUAUCAGCACAACAAAAUCCCCACAGCAGGUGAUGGGCUCUUUAAUCAAGGACUACUUUGCAAAACAGCAGAAUAUGAUGCCAGAUCAAAUAUACCAUGUAACAGUAAUGCCAUGUUAUGAUAAAAAACUAGAAGCUUCAAGGGAAGACUUCUUCACUGAAGGUCACCACACAAGAGAUGUGGACUGUGUAAUUACUUCAGGUGAAGUGUUGAACAUGUUAGAACAAGAGGGGCUUGCAUUGACAAACGUGGACCCAGUGCCAUUGGAUACAAUGUUCAGUAGUGAGGCUGAAGCAGAAGUGACUGGGCAUUCAGGUGGUGGUUCUGGUGGAUAUCUGGAACAUGUUUUCAAACAUGCUGCUAAGGAGCUCUUUGGAAUUGAUGUACAUGAGAUUACCUAUAAAACACUCAGGAAUAAAGAUUUCCAGGAAGUAACACUGGAACAGGAUGGAACUGUUCUGCUCCGUUUUGCGCUAGCCUAUGGAUUCCGAAAUAUUCAGAACCUAGUGCAGAAGUUGAAGCGUAAAAAAUUGACUUACCAUUAUGUGGAGGUGAUGGCUUGUCCUUCAGGUUGUCUCAAUGGUGGUGGCCAAAUACGAGCAGAGGGAUCUGAGUCCAGUAAGGAUUUGUUGCAGCAGGUUGAGGAACUUUACGCAAGUGUGAAGGUCCAGGCACCAGAAGCAAAUGAAUCUGUUAAGAAGGUCUAUGAACAGUGGUUUGAAGGUGCUGACAGUACCAAAUCUUUGAAAAUGCUGCACACCCAGUACCAUGCAGUGGAGAAAUUGAACAGUGCCCUGAACAUUAAAUGGUAAAGGAUCUAAAACGUCAAAGUCUGAACUGAAAAUAGUUGGCCGUUAACAAGAUCUGCUGUGGUACCUUCUAUGUGGAGAUAUGUAUUUGGUGAAUUAUUGAAUCUUCAUGUUUUGAGGGUGCAGACCUACAACUUACAAGUCGAUGUUUAACUUCCAGUCUGUUGAAAAUGGAAGGAAGAUGCCUUGGUAGCUCUCUGUGUUGUAGGAUUGUCAGGUACUCAAAUCAGGACAAUCAAAUAGCAAUAGGUUAUGUACCUUCUAGCUCAACUUAGUUCUUUGAAACUGAAAUAACUUUCAAUUUUAAGGCAGGAGGAAAUACUUCUAAGGCAUUGUGCCAUUGAAGUAAUGAACACAUUUUCUUGCUGGGGCUGAUUUUUUUUUUUCCAUUUCCCAGAUAGGCACAAGCAAGUAUCUGCAUCUCUGGUGUUCAGCUCUCUGUGAUGCUGUUCAUCAUGAGCAAAUUGCUGAUGUACUACGGAUUGUUCAGAUGACAAUGCCAAUCAAUGGUAGUUUUCAUUUCCCUUCCUCUCUGAACAGUAUCUAAAUCUGCAUGCUUUCCAGUUCUGACUUGUAGUCAAGCAGUGUCCAUACUAAGAAAACAAAUUCAGUAUCAACCAACACCACCACCACCACUUAGAAAUUUCUCUGCAAUUAUUUUGAAAAUAAACCAGUGCCUUAUGUUGAUCACCUGAGCAGAUGAGGAAAUUCGUUAAGUAAUACAAGAAACUACAUCAUAUUAAUCACCACUGAUCUUGUAAAUGACCAAAAUUUAGCAAAUAUGUUUUUGCAUUGACCUACUCCAGCAUAAUUUCUAAUAAGUUCAGAUUUUCAAAAAUAUUGACUGCAGCCUUUGAUGAAGAGGAUAUUUAUUGUUCCUGGAAUUCUUAUUUUCACGCUCUCGUGGAGUAAUAUAUGAAUAAAUUAUAUUUUAAUAAUGUUGUUAAACAGGAGGGAAAGGGGAAAAAAAACUGCUACAAAGGGAAAUUUAAAAUGAGAAAAUGCAAAUAUGAUCUGUCACUUUUUUUUUUACAAACUGUUGUAUAUUUGAUUUGACUACAAAUUCUACUGAAGGUGUUGUGGAGUGUGCCAUUCAGCAAUAUACUUGAUGUAACUCUGUAAAUGGUAAAUGUAACUAUUUUUAACUUUGAAAA